CAUUGCAAUGUAGAACAUUGGUAGUACAGUUGGUUCAUAGUCCAUAAGGUUGAAUUAGAAAGACAUAAAAUACAUGUAUGACUUUUGUCAGUCAACCAAACCUCCACCAAUCGUAAGAAGAGAUCGGGCGGGUUGCUAGGAAGGUUAUGUUAAUAUGCAAUGCAGCCGCCUCUGCAGCUACCAUUCUGAGGAGUGGCUCGAUAGGUCAAGAGGUGCCAGGUAGGGGCACCACGCUGCCAUGGAAACAAAGCAAGAACCCUCAGCCGCGUGGAGCCAGGCCGGAGACGGGGACACGGGAAAUGCAACCCAGGUGCACUUUGAGGGUGGGGCGGUGGCCCAGAUCGUGUACAGCGGGGAGCAGCAGGGCCGCGGCCAGGAGCAGGUGGUCUACACUGCAGACGGAGGGUCUUACACCUCUGUGGAGUCUGCAGAACACACCCUGGUGUACAUACACCCUGCAGACGGAUCCCAGUUUGCAGAUCAACCUCAGGUAGCCUACAUCCAACAGGAUGGCACCACUCAACAGGUCACGGUUCUGCUGCCCAGCGGACAGAACAUGAACGCUGCAAACCUGCACGUCCUCAGCAACGUAGCGGAAGACCCACAAGCCCUCCUGGAGCCCGUUUCCCAGGAGCAGAUGUCCAACUCCCUGUCCUCCAUGACGGGCAUGGCGGAGCCCCCCCCCAGUCCCCUGGGGGCCACGGACUCCACAGAGGACUCUGAUGAAGAAGAGGACGAAGACGAAGACUCAGACUUGGACGACUGGGAGCCCCGUCUGCCCCUCCCCUUCACCCCCCACAGCCUGUGGUGCGAGGAGUGCAACUGCGCCCACCCAUCCGCGUGUCUGAAGCACGGGGCCCUCCACCCGCUCCCCAACCGCCCGGUCGUGUCCAAGGCCCGGGCCAGCCUGCCCCUGCUGCUCUACAUGGACCGCUUCAUGGGCGGGGUGUUCUCCAAGCGACGCAUCCCCAAGCGCACUCAGUUUGGCCCCCUGGAGGGGCCCCUGGUGCCCGAGAGCCAGCUACAAGACCACAACAUUCACCUCAAGCUCUGCAUGCUGGACUCGGACAAGGACGGGGAGAAGACGGACGAAUCGUGGGUGGACCUGUCCGACGAGGACAGCUGUAAUUGGAUGAUGUUCGUGAGGCCCGCCCAGAAUCACCUGGAGCAGAACCUGGUGGCCUAUCAGUACGGCUCUGAGAUAUUCUACACCACCAUCAAGAACAUCCAGCCCAAACAGGAGCUCAAGGUGUGGUACGCCGCGUCGUACGCCCAGUUCGUCAACCAGAAGAUCCACACCGUGACGGAGGAGGAGAGGAAGGUGUUGCGGGAACAGGAGAAGAAUUGGCCGUGCUAUGAGUGUAACCGGCGCUUCGUCAGCUCGGAGCAGCUGCAGCAGCACCUGAACAUGCACGACGAGAAGCUGACCUCCGUCACCAGAUCCAGAGGUCGAGGGCGUGGUCGCGGCAGGAAGAGGUUCGGCACGGGUAGACGACCUGGUCGCCCUCCCAAAUUCGUCCGCCUGGAACUGGACCCCCUGGUGGAGACAUCGCAGGAGAUGAUGGGUUUGAGCGGCAAACCUUCGCUGGAGGUCGGGAUGGACGGGGGCGACGGCGAGCAGAACGGCCUCAAGGUGGUGGAGCUCGAGACGGAGGUGGAGACGGGUUCAGAGACCCCGGACCACCUGGCGCUCUCCGCCGAGGAGCCCGGGGCGGCGGCGGCGGACCCCCCCGGCCCGCCCGCCAGCCCGGACGUCCCCCCGGUCGUGGAGGAGAAGGAGGACCCGUCGCAGGGGGAGGGCGCCGGGGCGGCGGUCGACCCCCACCUGACCUCUCAGGACUUGCGGCGAGCCAAGCGAAUACGGAAUGCAGCGCUGCAGCACCUCUUCAUCCGGAAGAGCUUCCGGCCCUUCAAGUGCACGCACUGCGGCAAGGCCUUCCGGGACAAGGACAAGCUGGAGCAGCACCUGCGGGUGCACGGGCGCGACGCCUACGCCUUCGCCUGCCACCUGUGCAACAAGAGCUUCCCGACGGACGCGGCGUUUGAGGACCACCUGGCGCUGCACAUGGACAACCGCUCGUACGCCUGCCUGCUGUGCCCCGACUCCUUCGAGAAGCUGGACCUCCUGAAGGAGCACGUGGGCGUGCACGCCGGGCCCGACGGCUGCUUCACCUGCCCCUCCUGCAAGAAGUGCUUCAGCGACUUCAUCCAGGUGAAGAAACACAUUCGCUGCUUCCACUCAGAGAAGAUCUUCCAGUGUCCCGACUGCGACAAGGCCUUCUGUCGGCCGGACAAGCUACGCCUGCACAUGCUGAGACACUCGGACCGCAAGGACUUCCUCUGCUCCUCCUGUGGUAAACAGUUCAAGAGGAAGGACAAGCUGCGGGAGCACAUGCAGAGGAUGCACAACCCCGACCGGGAGGCCAAGAAGGCGGACCGCGUGCACCGCUCCAAGGCCCUGAAGCUGAAGGUGCCCACGGCGGACCUGGACAGCUUCAUGUUCAAGUGCCGCGUCUGCAUGAUGGGCUUCCGCCGGCGGGGGAUGCUGGUGAACCACCUGUCAAAGAGACACCCGGAGAUGAGUAUCGACGACGUUCCGGAGCUCACCCUGCCAAUCAUCAAGCCCAACAGGGACUACUUCUGCCAGUACUGCGACAAGGUGUACAAGAGCGCCAGCAAGAGGAAGGCCCACAUCCUGAAGAACCACCCCGGCUCCGAGCUCCCGCCCAGCAUCAGGAAGCUGCGGCCGGCGGGCCCGGGAGAGCCGGACCCCAUGCUCAGCACCCACACCCAGCUGACCGGCACCAUCGCCUCGGCCCCCGUCUGCUGCCCACACUGCGCCAAGCAGUACAGCAGCAAGACCAAGAUGGUGCAGCACAUCCGGAAGAAACACCCAGAGUUCGGCCAGAUGACCCUCCAGACCCCCAUGCCGGCCGCCGCCGUCAUCAGCACCCCCCCCGCCGUCAUCAACGCCGACGGGACCACCACGGAGUCCGUGGCGACGACGGACCUGCUGACCCAGGCGAUGACGGAGCUGUCUCAGACGCUGACCACAGACUACCGUACAGCCCAGGGGGACUACCAGAGGAUCCAGUACAUCCCUGUGGGCCAGGCCGGGGGCGCCCUGGCCCAGUCCCAGCACAUCCAGCUCCAGGUGGUGCAGGUUGCGCCGGCUUCUUCACCGCACUCUCAGAACGCCACGGUGGACGUGAGCCAGCUUCACGAGCAGCACGGCUACAGCCAGCACUCCAUUCAGGUUCAGCAGAUCCAGGUCUCCGAGCCGACGGGCACCGCCCAAAACACCAGCCAGGUGGCUGGCCAACCUCUAAGUCCCGCCUCCUCCCAGCAGACGGGUCAGGAGAUGAGUCCGAGUCAGCUGACCCCGAUCACCUUGACCCAGAGCCACGCCCUCCAGAGCCCCGCCGCGCAGCAAGGCGCCGUGCAGCACGCGUACAUCCCCAGCAACUGGAACUACCGUGGUUACCCCUCUGAGAUCCAGAUGAUGGCUCUUCCUCACGCCCAGUACGUCAUUGCUGAGGCCAGCACCGCGGGCGCGACCGGCAACAGCAGCCAGGUUAAAACGACCCACUACGUGAUCUCAGACGGCCAGUCGGACCUGGAGACCAAGCAGGUUUCCGGGUCUCAGACGCCCCCGCCGGAACAGGCAGACCAGCCAACCGAGCAACAGCAGCAGCAGCAGCAGCAAGCCAAUCAGCAACCCACCACGCAGUACAUCAUCACCACCACAACCAAUGGCAGCGGCACCAGCGAAGUUCACAUCACCAAGCCCUGAGCCCACCUGUAGAGUAGCAGUUGUUGUUUUGGGGGCCAGUCACUUGAACUGAUACUGCAUGCAGCCUCUACGCACACACUCGAUCACGCGCCACUGACACACACACACACACACACACACACACACACACACACACACACACACACACACACACACACACACACACACACACACACACACACACACACACACACACACACACACACUCAAAGAACUCGACGCAAACACUGGUACCACACCGGUGCAACCACACAGACCCUGGGGGUGUCUUUAAGGGUAUGAAACCAAUGACCAGUUUUAUGUGUCAGUUACCUUUCCCAGAAUCGUGAUUUAUUUGCAAGCUAGCGAAGCCUUUUCGUUAAACAUUGAUUUUGUUUUUAUGGGACCUUUAUUUUAAAAGGCAGUUGACAACAGACAUAACCAUGAACGAUUUAAUGAAGGAAUUAGUUUAAAGUUUUACUCUGCCUCCUACACUACUGAGUACUGGAGAAAGUUGGGACAGCGUUACUCGCCUAAUAACUAAUUACUUUUUGGAAAAUACAUUUGAUAAUUUUUCCAAAUAUGUGAAAAGGUGGGGAACGAAGAUGUGGCAAUUCUUUUUCUUUGGUCCAUUUUCAAAGGUCAUUUCAAAGUUGGUAGCUGUUGUGAAGGAGACUACUAAAUGGUUCCUUGGAUCUUAUGGUGUUGCCUGCCUUAUUGCACAACCCCUUCGCACAUAUACAACAGAAAAACGGAAACUAUAAUGCUUUGAAAAGAGGAAAAGUAGGAGCAGAACAAGUAGAGUCAGGUACGUCAUGCUCAACAUGACUUGUCUCCAAUACGGGUCUUGUGUAAUUAUUCAGACAUUUUGUUUUGCAAUCUUAUUAUAUUUUCCACUUCUGUUUUUCCUCAGUUUCGGUUGAAAUAGGACUAGUUUGUGAGUUUUGUUUUACUUUGUGUUGGUGGAAAUAACUGAUAGUUUUUUGUUUACAUGCUGAAUUGGUCUUUGGUUGUUUUCUUGUGUUUUUGAGUAAAUUUUUGCGAUCUACAAGGCCAGAGAUCAUUUUGUUGUAAAAAUGGCAGGAAAUUAAAGUUCUACUCAUCACUCCCAUCCCACAAA